UGGGGUCAGUCAAUAACUUAGUUAACCUUGAGAGCCCGAAGUUGGAAAUUACGAAAUUGUAUUGUCCAUUUUGCACAAAACAUCACUUUGGCGGAAAUUGAUCUGUAUUUAUUCUGUAAUAAGAAAUCCCCAAAUCAUAUCUUUCACUAAAAAGAAACAUCAAAAGAUUGGAAUUUAGAAAUCAGGAAGCUACCAAGAAAACAUGGAUCAGGCGGAGUUAGAGGAAGAGGCAAGACAGUGUUUGAUUAACCCAGAAAAUGAUCCAUUGCCAACUUCUCUUAUUAGUUGUUUGUAUAUUGGGCACUUCUUAUCAAGAUGGAGUGCCAGGAUGUGGGAAUUCUCUGUGGCUUUAUACAUGAUUAACAUCUGGCCGGACUCAUUGCUUCUUACUGCUCUAUAUGGAGUUGUAGAAUCAGCUUCUGUUGCACUCUUUGGCCCUAUUAUUGGGGAAUGGGUGAACAGACUGACAUAUAUCAAGGUUCUUCAAAUCUGGACAAUAUCACAGAAUCUGUCAUUUAUAAUCGCUGGAGUCGCAGUAGUUAUUUUACUGGUCUACUCGAGUUUAAAGGGCAUAGUUUUUUCUUCACUUGUUUUGGUAACUUAUCUCUCAGGAGCUGUUGCUGUGCUUUCAACCCUUGCUGGAACCAUCCUUAUUGAAAGAGAAUGGGUUGUUGUGAUGUCAGAAGACCAGCCUACUGGAGUUUUAACAAAACUGAAUUCAGUUCUGAGAAGAAUUGACUUGGUGUCCAAAUUAUGUGCUCCAGUGGUUUCAGGUUUAAUUGUGAGCUUUGUAUCAUUGACAGCAUCGGCUAUAUGUUUCGCCCUUUGGAAUGUCAUCUCCGUGUGUGUUGAAUACUGGCUACUUACCACUGUAUAUGAUGGGAUUCCAGCUUUACAUAGGAAAGAUAGCAAAAGAAAGGAAAUGGCAUCCUCUGAUCCUGAACCAAGCACAUCUCUUUCUAACCAGCAUUCCAACUUGUCUAUUGAGGACAGAAGCGACAUUUCUUCUCUUGAAACCCGAUCUUUAGGGUGUUUGUCAAUACUUCCUUGUAUUGGUGCUUGGAAAGUAUACUUAAACCAAGAGGUGGUGCUGCCAGGACUUGCCCUGGCUUUGCUGUAUUUUACUGUACUCAGCUUUGGUUCUUUGAUGACUGCUGCCUUGGAAUGGGAAGGCAUACCUGCAUAUCUGAUAGGUAUAGCUCGAGGCAUAAGCGCUAUUGUAGGAAUAACAGCAACUUUCACCUAUCCAAUUUUAGAGUCCAAAAUUUCAACUCUUAGGACAGGGCUGUGGUCCAUCUGGUCUCAGUGGUCAAUUCUCCUAAUAUGUGUUGGAUCUAUAUGGGUUAAAAACGGCAUAUCAUCUGCAUAUAUGUUAAUGAGUGGAGUUGCAGCAUCCCGUAUUGGGUUAUGGAUGUUCGAUUUAGCUGUCAUCCAACAAAUGCAGGAUCAAGUGCCAAACUCUGAUCGCUGUAUUGUGGGAGGGGUCCAGAAUUCCAUCCAGUCUGCUAUGGAUUUGUUAGGUUAUACUAUGGGUGUUAUUGUCCCUAAUCCAAAGCACUUUUGGGUGUUAAUAUUGAUUUCCUUCGUAGUAGUAACAAUGGCUGCAAUACUCUACACACUGUACAUAUGGCGUGUUCGGAAGCACCUGUUUCACUUCGAGAAGCUAUACCGAUUAAUCCGAGGAUCAUCCUCCUAAACUUGUGUUCUAGUUGGCCUUGUAAAUAUGUAAAUUGUAAUGUAAAAAUAACAGUUUAUACAAUUGUACAUUGUUGAAUAAAAUUUGUUGUUCUUUUGAGUCAA